AUGGAUGGGACGGACAAAGAUGUUGGCGCCCGUGGAGGGGCACCGGGCGGAAACAUGGCCGGUCGCUCCGGCUUGCCUGGAAGGGCGGAGGCGCCAAACAUCUCUGAUGCAGUCACCAGUGCCAUGAUGAACCAAUUUGCACGGGAAUUGACAUCCAGUUCGCUAAGUCUUUGGCCACAGUUCGUCCAGAUAGCGCGGCGAUACUUCAAUGUGCAUCAUGGAUAUGUACUUCGAAAAAUGCUCUGGCAGUUGAUGCCGUUCCACAGUACAAAGAAGAAGUCCACAGAUGGCGAACUGGGAGAUCACAAGGACUGGACAGUUCGUAUCAUCGAUGGCCUUGAGGUUGAUAUCGAGGAGCCUGACCUGUACAUUCCGACUAUGGGCUUCGUCACUUACGUGGUGCUUUGCGGCGUGGUGCGGGGCAUCCAGGAGACGUUUGCUCCGGAAGUGCUCUCUGCAACUAUCAGCUCGGCCUUGGUUAUUCUUGUCGUUGAGAUGGCCUUGAUGAAAGGGGCCCUCUUCAUGGCAGGAGCUGUCAACACACCUACACUGGACCUCUUGGCGCUGCUUGGGUACAAGUUUUUCUACCUCUCUCUGCAUCUCGGUGUCGGCCUCCUCUGUGGACACGGCCGCAAACCGGCAGGCUUUUUUUAUGGCUUGCUGAUCUGUGGCCUGCACAUUAGCUGCGCCAUCGCACUUUGGCAGGCUUUAAGGCGUUUGGCUCGAUUGCAGCCAUCCCACGGUCAGGAAUGUGUCACAGACAUGCACCAGCAGUGCAUCAAGGUGCUACUGAUCGUGCAAUACGCUGUGUGCUGGCUGCUGCUCCCAUCUUGGCCGAAGGUGGCAAUUGCCAAUGCUCCUGAGGAGGUCACCAUCGCCAUCACAACUGCCGCGUCAGUGCUGAGCGGAAACUCGAGUGCCGUCUGA